GCGCCCGGAUCGGUGCCUGUUCCUUUUUAGUUUUUAUCUUCGUGGGUCUCUCUCUAUUUUGACGGAAGGGAAGGGGGUUGUUUUUUGGAGCAAAACCCUAAACGCCAUUGGAGCUCGGAACGAGCUUUGUUUCUUGCAAAAGUAGCGAGAGCCAGCUUUCUUCGGGGCCGAGGGGCUGCUGAGAGCAUCGCGAGGGACGGCGUCUCGAGAAAGCUAAGUUCUUUCCUCUUCUUCUCUUUCGGGAGCUAGGGUUUUUCAUUGAAAUAAACGUUAGCGUUCUAUUACUGUAGGAGGCAUUUGUUUCGAUCUCAAAAAGUUGGUUCCGUGGGAAGAUCUCUUAGGGCUUUAUCGGUCUUGGAAGCGGGUAGUUUGGAAUGGGGAAAAAUUAGGGUUGUGGUUGAAAUUUAGUAUACCUCUGGGCCAAAUCUUUGAACGUUUCCCUGUUUCAUCAAACAAGUUAGAGAUUCUCUGUUACGCUUUUGCAGCGAAUCCGGUUGUAGGAGUGGAAAGCAAGAGAAAGAGGAACGGGGAUCAAAUUUCUUAGUGCCUCUUAAAAGCUGUCUUUUUCCCUUGUCAGGUUUAUUAGUUCCUAUAAAGUUCUUAAUCUCUUGGUUCGACUUGUUGAAGAGUCUAGUGUUUAACAUGAGCGAGCCGAAAGAUCACAAUGAUCCGGAGCAAGAAAUGCCGGAAGUUCCUAGCAAGGAGCACAUAGGUGCGGAUGUUGAAGACGACGACCUUCAGUCUCUGCUGCAAAACCAUGUAGCUGAGCAAAGCUCUCAGUUUCAAACAGAGGUUAAUUUCAUUAACGACUCUAGGUUUUCAGGAAAUCCUCUGGAACCUGAUUCAGCUAAGCAGAACAUCAAAGAGACUGCCAUACCAUCAGAAUUGCAAACUGGUGCUGAAGUUUCUAUUUCUAUGAAUCAGACAGAUAAGGAUUCUGAAAAACCUGGGGAUGAAGUUCCUGUUUCUAUGAAUCAGACACAGAAUGAUUCUGAAAAACCUGGUGAUGAAAUUACUGUGUUUAUGAAUCAGACAGAGAGUGAUUCUGAAAAAACUAGUGAUGAAGUUCCUGCUUUUAGGAAUCAGACACAGAAUGGUUCUGAAAAAACUGGUGAUGAACUUCAUGCUUUUAUGAAUCAGACACAGAGUGAUUCUGAAAAAACUGGUGAUGGAGGUCCUAUUUCUCUGAAUCAGACAGAGAACAAUUCUGAAAAAACCAGUGAUGAAGUUCCAUUCUUUAUGAAUCGGGCGGAGAAUGAUUCUGAACGAAAUGAUGCUCUUGAUGUCAAGAAUGAAAUGGAGAGUGAGAUGAUGAACACAUCAUUGGACGACGGCAGUAAUUCAUUAGAGUCAGAUGUGAAGGCAGCUCAUUCAGAAAAUAAUUACAGCACUGAGACCCCCUUGAAAAAGGAAAGAGCCGAAGGAGAACAACCAGCUCCCAUCGAGAGUUCUAACCAGUCUUUUACAUUUGACUAUUUCUUGGAUGGGGAUGAUUCUGGGACUGAGGAGGAACAAGCUGCUUUCAUGAAGGAGCUGGAGAAUUUCUUUAGGGAGAGGAGCAUGGAGUUCAAGCCACCUAAGUUUUACGGGGAAGGGUUGAAUUGUCUCAAGUUGUGGAGAGCAGUAACUAAACUAGGUGGUUAUGACAGGGUGACAUCAUGCAAAUUAUGGCGUCAAGUUGGGGAGUCCUUCAAACCUCCAAAGACCUGUACAACAGUCUCUUGGUCAUUUCGAGGUUUCUAUGAGAAGGCUCUACUUGAGUAUGAAAAACAUAAAAUUCGUACUGGCGAGCUCCAAAUACCUAUAUCUGAUCUUCCUGAGGCUAUGGUUAUUGAUAACCAGGGGGGUGUAAAUCAGGCAUCAGGCUCAGGUAGGGCAAGAAGGGAUGCUGCAGCUCGUGCUAUGCAGGGCUGGCACUCUCAGCGACUGCUUGGCAAUGGUGAAGUGGGGGACCCAAUAAUUAAGGAUAAGAGUUCAAUUUCUCUUCUGAAGCGGGACAAACAUCUUAAAAGCAACGGUGCACACAAGAGGAAAAAAUCAUCAAACAUGGAGCCUGAAUCUAAAGUUGCACGUAUAAAGGAUAUUCAGACACAAGCGGAUACAACAGUUGUUGAUGUUGGGGCUCCUGCUGAUUGGGUGAAAAUAAAUGUGCGGCAAACUAAAGAUUGCUUUGAAGUCUAUGCUUUGGUUCCUGGGCUUCUGCGUGAAGAGGUACAAGUUCAAUCAGAUCCUGCUGGCCGUUUAAUCAUAUCUGGAGAACCAGAGCAGCCUGAUAAUCCUUGGGGUGUUACACCCUUUAAAAAGGUCAUAACUUUGCCUUCACGAAUUGAUCCACAUCAGACUUCAGCAGUGGUCACCCUUCAUGGCCAGCUGUUUGUACGUGCACCCUUCGAUCAGUCAGAUCUAUAGCACUCUUGGUCUCACUUCCAAAGCCCGCUGUCUAAUAUAAUGAAGAAAUAGAAACAAACAUGUGAGGAUGUUCUGCAGGCCUUUGAACUUGUCAUGCUGCUGAGAUGAUUUUUAUACUAUUUUGAGUUCAUGCACAAACUUGAACAAUCUAUUUUGUUUGAUCCAACAGUGUGGUGGAUUCCUACUCAUGAACCUUAUCUUUGAGUCUGAAACUUGCUAGUGCAGCUCAGUUAGGGUGAAGAAAUAUGUAUGGACCUGCCUCUGACCUGAGACAGCUUUCAUGUAGUCAUCCACUGAAAAAUGUAACCAGAUUCUAGUCCAUGUCAUUUGGUUAUCACGUGUUGCUGUAUGAUCCUUUAUUGGGUAAUCAUUGAAAUGCAGCAGUUCCUGAUCAUAACCUGAUUUUAUCUUUUCUAGAUAAGCUAGUAAAGGUGAUCUUAA